AUGGCUUCAAAAAUUGAACAACAUGAAGUUGGAAAAUUUGUGCCAAAAGAAGAAGAUGUUCUGCAGAGGCACGUUGCUUUCUUUGACCGGAAUCAUGAUGGGAUAGUUUAUCCUUGGGAAACCUUUCAGGGUUUCAGAGCAAUCGGUUGCGGCUUCAUCUUGUCCACAGCUGCUGCCUUUCUGGUAAACAUGAAAAUGAGUUCCAAAACUCGCCAGGGAAGACUUCCAAAUCCUCUAUUCCCAAUUGUGGUUAAAAAUAUCCACAAAGCCAAACAUGGCAGUGAUUCUGGCGCCUAUGACUCUGAAGGAAGGUUUGUUCCUUCGAAGUUUGAAGAAAUAUUCAGCAAGCAUGCACGUACACACCAAAAUGCUUUGACAUCAGAUGAAGUAAAGGCAAUGCUCAAGGCCAACCGAGAACCUAGGGAUCUCCAAGGAUGGUUUUCGAGCUUCACAGAAUGGAAGCUGUUGCACUAUUUAUGCAAAGACAAAAAUGGAUUGUUACAAAAAGAUACAGUAAGAGCCAUUUAUGAUGGAAGCUUGUUCGAACGAUUAGAGAAGGAGAGAGGAACAACCAAAAAGAAAGGUUUCAGUCUGUUCUCGUUCUUAUUCUUCGUCAUCCUCUUGGCUUCUUUUGCUUUGUCAUCAAUCAGUAAACCUGAAGGAGUAGGAAAAUUUGUGCCAAACGAAGAAGAUGUGCUGCAGAGGCACGUUGCUUUCUUUGAUCGGAAUCAUGAUGGGAUAGUUUAUCCGUGGGAAACCUUUCAGGGAUUUAAAGCAAUCGGUUCUGGCGUCGUCGUGUCCACAGUUGCUGCCUUUCUGGUCAACAUGAAAAUCGGUCCCCAAACUCGUCCGGGAAGGUUUCCUAAUCCUCUAUUCCCAAUUGAGGUUAAAAAUAUCCACAAGGCCAAACAUGGCAGCGAUUCUGGUGUCUAUAAUUCUGAAGGAAGGUUUGUUCCUUCAAAGUUUGAAGAGAUAUUCAGCAAGCAUGCACGUACACACCAAAAUGCUUUGACCUCAGAUGAAAUAACAGCAAUGCGCAAGGCCAACCGAGAACCUAACGAUCGCCAAGGAUGGUUUUCGAGCUUCACAGAAUGGACGCUGUUGAAUUAUCUAGGUAAAGACAAAAAUGGAUUGUUGCAGAAAGAUACAGUAAGAAGUGUUUACGAUGGAAGCCUGUUUGAACGAUUAGAGAAGGAGAGAGAAUCGGCCAAAAAGAAAGCAUGA